AGUAAAUGAAUGACAAUGAAGCACAUGCAGAUUUUUGUGACAGGACUAAUCUAACUCUUUUCACUUGUUGGUCUUGCUUGUUGGGUGUUCCUCUUUUUGUUGGUAGCUGUUUCAAAAACAAGAGAAGCGGCUUUAGCUUUUUUCAAUGCAAAGUGCGGAGACGGGUGUCUUUUGGGAAUAUAAAUUAGAAAACAAAAAUCGGCAGAAAGCCGAAAUCCAAGAGGAUUAUGACUCCAUCGCAGAGAACUCGCCCUAUGUCUCACGUUCAGAAGAUUUUCUUUUCUAUAUCGCUAAUCGGAAUCGAAUUCGACUUCGAAUGCGUCGUUUCUCGUCUGGGUUCACACACAGAGAAAUCAGGAGCUUGUUAUUCUCAAGCCGGCAGAGAAAACGAGAUCUUGUCAAAGAUGAGCUGCUAGGUGACACUCCUCCUCACCCAGCUGGAGAGCCUAUCAAAUGGAUACACAAAUCGUCGCACAGAUCUCGCAAAAAGAGCUGCCCGCUUGAGGCGAGAACGCGAGCGUUGGCACCCAAAUCAACAACCAACGAUUGUGUUCUUUGGCUCCAGCAGAAUGCCGCAUUUCCCGGGAUGGGCCCCGAUCCCCCAUUUGGGACUUAUUAAAAAAUUGGCUUCACACAUGCUGCUGAUACUGACGGACGAGUACAACACUUCUCAAGUUCACGCAGGGUGUCAGCAACGGCUAACAAGUAUUCCAUAUGACGAGGAGGU